GGAAACAGAAACUGUUUUUUACUAAUGAAGGGGUUAAGGGAUUGCUUUCAUGAACAGGCGAUCCGUUAAACGAAACGAUUCUGUUAAAUGUCCUUGUCUCAUGGACGCUGCACUUCCAGAUAAAUGAAACUUACAGUAGGAGCGAUUAAGUUUCGGUUUCCGAAGCUCACAUUCCAUAUACACCCCGACAACUCAUAUAAAACCAUCCCUUCGGAAGUCGGGUAAUUUCCAGCUUUUCUUCAAAAAUGAGUGUCCCUGAGAAAGCUGACCAUGAAGCAAAGCUCAGAGAGCUGGAGUGUCCGUUCACAUGGGACAUAAGUAAGGCUGACAUUGCAGACCUGGAGGGCAUUACAGAGAGGCUCCAGGAUCGAGUCAAGUUCAGCCCACGCAGAUACCAUGCCACAUAUCUCAACAUCUUAUCUUUUGUGAGCCACUUUAAGGGAAAUAAUGAGGGUGCCCUUGAGUUCCUCAGUAAGGCUGAGGCCAUCCUAAAGGAAGACAAGGAGGUCCCAACAGCAUUUCUGGUGACGUAUGCUAACUUUGCAUGGAUUCACUUCCACUCUGGCAAUCUGGGUGAUGUGGAGACCUACCUUGGGAAGCUGGAGGAGAUAUGUAAAGGUGUCUCGGGGGCCUUGAGAUACUCAUGCAACCUGCCUGAGGUUCAUGGUGAGAAAGCCUGGACCUUUCUGAGUCUUGGGGCAUCAAAUUACAAGAGGGCGAAGGUCAGCUUCGAGAAGGCCCUUGAAGGAGAUGCUGAAAACGUGUCCUUCAAUGUGGGGUACGGGGUGGUUCUAUACAGACUGGAGGGGCUUGUUCAAGAUGAAAGACUGAAGUCUAAGAAAAGUGAAGCCAUCCCUCAGCUCGAGAAGGCAUUGCUCUUAGAUCCUAACAAAGAGGUAAUGGUGCUCCUGGCCCUGAAGCUUCAAAAAAGUGAUAAAUACAAAUCCCUAAAACUGAUUGAAGGUGCCCUCAAGCCGUCCUCUGAUGUGCCCCAAGUGAUGCGAUAUGUGGCCAAGUAUUUCAGAGGGGAAGAUUCCACUGAGGCAUCCCUGGAUAUUCUGGAAAAGGCGCUGGAGCAGACCCCUAGCUCUUCUUUCCUGCACCACCAGAUUGGCAUGUUCCACAAGCAGCAGCUCAUCAAGAUGUUGCAGAAAGGACCACGGAGCUGUGUACCAGCAAAUCUGAAGAGGGCCAAGGCUGAGCAGUGCAUCAAGCACUUCAGCAAGGCAGUGGAGCUGAAGCCCUCCAAUACACAUGCCCAGGUGAACCUGGCUGAGGCCUACAGCGAGAACGAGCAGCUGACUGAGGCGGAGGAGAUAUUCACCAAGCUGCUCCGGGACGGCUCUCUGCGGGACCCAGACAAGCAGCACCUUCACACAUCUUACGGACUGUUUCUGCUGUACAAGAAGAGGGCGGAGGACCGUGCUGUCGUGCAGCUCAAAGCUGCCUACCGAAUGAAGAUGCAGAACUACAACAGGAAACAAGCUGGCAGAAAGCUGGAGCAAAUUGCAGAGAGGUGGCGAAAAAACAGACAGAGGGCUGCAGAAGCAUCUGAAAUUCUGGCCUUCCUGAGGGCUGAAGACAAGCUUUCUGCUGAAACUGACCUCUCUGCUGCCUUUGAGAGGGGAAUGAAGUUCAAAUAAUGACUCUAAACAUAACAUAACAACCACUGACUUCAUUUUAUUCAAAUGAAUUAAAUAUUAAAUGAAGCAACACUUUCACUGCAACACUUUCAAAUUUAGCAUGUAAGCAACCUCAGAGGUUAAAUAUCCUAAGCAUGAGUAUGGUAACAUUAGAAUAUUAAUGUGUAAUGCAAUAGUUUAAUGACUGACAUAAUUGACAUUUAUUGUGAUACCCUAGGAGGACAGCUUAAGACGGCACCAUACUAUAAUGGCGUGCAGAUUAAAAUACAUUUAAAUUGUAUGCAUUAAAACUAAUGUAAUGGCAACAUCCA